CUUAGUCUCUUCUUGUUUUACCGUGUAUUUAUACCCGUCCUCCAGUCCGUCACGGCGCAGAUCAUCGGUGACCCUUCCUUGCACGGCGACGUCUGGGCGUGGCUGGAAUUCCUCCUCACCUCCAUCUUCAGCGCCCUCUGGGUCCUUCCCCUCUUCGUGCUCAGCAAGGUGGUCAACGCCAUCUGGUUCCAGGACAUCGCUGACCUGGCGUUCGAGGUCUCUGGCCGCAAGCCUCACCCCUUCCCCAGCGUCAGCAAGAUCAUCGCCGACAUGCUGUUCAACCUGCUGCUGCAGGCGCUCUUCCUCAUCCAGGGGAUGGUGGUCAGCCUGUUCCCCAUCGAGCUGGUGGGGCAGCUGGGCAGCCUCCUGCACAUGGCGCUGCUCUACUCGCUCUACUGCUUCGAGUACCGCUGGUUCCACAAAG